AUGUCGAGGCGUGACCACGACGCCGUCUCGCGACCGUCGUAUCCUGACGGCUUCCACUUACGUUGGCGGCGGCGCCAAAACUUUCACGCCAAGAUCUGGCACACCGACCAGCUCGAUACGCUUUCCACCGGACUACAGCGUUACGACUCUCCGAUGCAAAUACGACAGCUCGCCACACCGCCGUCAAGAUCAUCUCGCACCAGCACCGCUCAAAGGCAAUGGAACCAGGCCGACCUCGCCAGCGCUCUGCAAGAAUUGCUGAGAGGUGGGCGCCAAGAUCAUUCGCGACUGGUCGCACAGGCAAUCGAGGCCACCACGCCUACCGAAUGGCGCAUCCACCAUGGAGCCAACCUCUUUCAGGGAUUGGGAUCUGGGCCUGUUCCACACAGGAAAGGAGAGACUAUGCGAAUCAAGUUCAAACAACAUUUAAAAACCCGUAAGGAUACGCGCGAGGAACAUCACGAUAUAAAAGCAAUCAAAACAACCAAGGACAGAGUUCCGCGGUAUCGGUUUCAUCAUGUCGAUAUAAAAAAGAACGUUCUUACGCCAAACACGAUGCUUACUUUUGUCCCACACCUGCGCGAUCUUGACAGCAGCGAAGAGCCGAAAUACAAUUUGUGGCUGAAGGAAUUAGAAGAUAUCGACACCAAAUCCGGAUUUAAACCGAUGAACCGCGAGGAGAAGGUCAUUCUCACAAUCCAAACUGAGCGCGCAGCAACUGUGUCUCUAUAUCUGGAUACUUGGCUAGAGAAGCUGGGAAUACCAAGCUGUACAAAGUCCGCGCUAGUCGCCUAUAUGGCUAGCCAAGAGUCAGAUGAUACCAUCACGCCUCAAAAAAAGACGGACAUUAUUCGAUCCAGCCGCGAAACAGCUGAUGGCAACCCGACUAGCCAGGAAUCGAAACAGGCUGCGGCGUUGUUCACCGGCGCAUUUAAGCAGGCCUUCGAUAACAAUGAUAUGCCACUGGCGAGUAAAAUCGAGCUUCGAAGAAUUUUACUGCUCGAGGAGUCCGUUGAGGGCAUUUUGGAUCCCAAGCCGGUGGCCAAGGAUACAAACCCUCUACCACAAUGGGAUGUGGAUGAGAUCACUGAAGCGCACUUGGCUACUUAUGGCAUUCUGGGUUGUCUCAUUUGCUACAGUCAUUCCUGCGACCAUGGCGAAUAUGAUAAUAAGAACUUCAAGCGCACAUUUUCCUUGGCGGCAGUGAUGCCCCUGGCUGACCUUCUUCGGCAACGGCGACGAAGGCUGUCAACAGAGAAUACGGAUGCUCGUGAAAAUGAGCCGCCUUGCCGGCGCGAAUGUUAUUUAUCAUCAACCUCUACUGUGGGCCAAAGGCGGGAUGAAAGAGAUUGGUUAGAAGAAGAAGUCGUGCUUUUGAAAGCGAUAUUUUCGACGCUCGGCCAGAGUAAGCUGCAUCGGGACCCAAUCUGCUUUGCUGCAGAAAUUCUGGAUCGCGAGUGCACUUCUGUUUAUGCAAAACUUGACUCCCUGGCUGUCAAAGUGCCAGAGGCUGUGCGCCCGGAGCCCACGCGAGUCAAAACACUGUCCUGGUAUGACAACCGUCGGAAAAUCCUCACCGGUGACUGGCAAGAUCACACAAUAACACAUGAGCACCAACGCCGCGAAAUUAUUGAACCUUGUUCGCACGAAGGUUCUUGUACGCCACAGAAUUGCGGUUGCGUUAAGGCGGGCAUACUGUGCGAGAAGUGGUGCAAAUGCACCGCAGACACAUGCUCCUACAAGUUCACCGGGUGCGCAUGCCACGCUACAGGCAAGAGCUGCCAGGCCAAACACAAAGACAAACCAUGCAUCUGCGUUCAACUCAACCGCGAAUGCGACCCGGCACUAUGUGAAGCCUGUGGUGUGCUACAGAGAGCGGAUCCGCUCAACGCUGAAUGCGACAUAUUGCAUGAAACAGGAUGUCAAAAUUGUGAACUACAACGUGGAUGGAGCAGAAAGCUCGUACUGGGACAGAGUCAAUUGGACGGUGUUGGAUACGGACUGUUUACAGCCGAGGAUAUUGGGCAAGACGAUUUUGUCAUCGAAUAUGUCGGCGAGCUCAUCACCCAUGACGAAGGUGUUCGAAGGGAGGCUCGUCGCGGCGAUGUCUUUGACGAGGGGUCCAACAUCUCUUACGUUUUCACCUUGCUGGAGAAUGAAGGCAUCUGGGUUGAUGCCGCAAUCUACGGAAACCUCAGUCGUUACAUCAACCAUGCGUCCGAAAACGACCGCACCGGCUCUAAUAUCACGCCGCGGAUUCUCUACGUCAACGGGGAGUAUCGAAUCAAGUUUACAGCUCUCAGAGAUAUUCGUGCUGGAGAAGAGCUUUUCUUCAACUACGGUGAAAAUUUCCCGAACCUAACCAAGAAGCUUCUCGACACUAGGACAGGCGAGAAGCCAGUGGCUCAACGGAAAGCAGGGCGACCAGCGCAAUCAGCUGCCAGCAAAGGCGUUGCACGGAAGGCACCGAAGCUGGAACAGAAGAAGACGGAAGGCAAAAAACCAAUAGUAAAACGCAAACGGCGGCCAACAGCUGUUCACGAGGACGAGGACGAGGACGAUGACAUUCAAGUGCCAUACGUUUCACCACUGAACCGGCCUGUAAAACGCAAACGAGGCUAUGCGAGGGUCGACUCGGACGAUGACAGCUACCAGACUCGCGGAACUUGUGCGCGGAACCAGUGGCAGGAAUCAGCGGCAGAGGACGAGGAUGGUCUGGGCGAGGAAACAACACCCAAUGGCGGUGUGGGAAAUAGGCGCAGCCUACGUGCCAAAGCAUCCGAGUCGCCGACAAAGGUUGACAAGGCCAAGAUUGUUGGCAGACGCGGUGUACACGAGACGCCCGAGCCCGUGCGGCGGCUACGGGAAUCACCCAAGAAGUCGACAUGGCCUGAUAAUAAUCAAUCUAGCGAAUCUCCACGGACGACGCGCCAGAGACGAACAGAACAAGACGCCUCGGAGGAGAUUAGCGACAGUGAAGAGUGGUCAACGGCAGGCGAGGAUGGUGCGCCAACGGCGUCAGGCCAGGAUUCCAAGGAAGGUGAAGAGAUCAAACAUGAAGAUGGGCCAGUCAAUGGUAUUCACGUGGACGGGGGCACGGGCGAGAAGAAAGCAAGAGGGGAAAACGAUAGCGACGAGGAAGAAGACGACCAAGAUGUGGUUGUCCGGAAGCGAUUGGACCGGGCGACGAGAAACAGGCGGCCACCGGCUAAGUUCCGCGGAGAUGAUUUUUAA